AUGGUCGGCUCAAGUGUUGAUUCCCUUGCCAAGAUUGUCGAUGCCGCCUCGUUCCCCAUCCUGGUGCCGAGGCAAACGGCCCAGGCCGUCGGUCCCAGCCAGGGCGGGUCAGGCCAGAGUGCCCAGGGCAUCGGCAUCGUCAGCUUCCUCUCGGCGAUAGGUGUCGCCCUGGCCAUCUUUGCGGCCCAGAUUACCCUCUUCGUCCUGCUGCGUAAUAAGCUAGCUCGCGUAUUCAAACCAAAGACGUAUCUGGUGCCUGAGCGAGAGCGGACGGCGCCACCGUCGAGAAACACCGUGGCCAUGAUCUGGUCCCUCGUCAACUACAGCGACCGCGACCUCAUCAACAAGUGCGGCCUCGACGCCUACUUCUUCCUCCGCUACCUCAAAACCCUGCUGGUCAUCUUUCUCCCCAUCUGCGCCGUCGUCUUGCCCAUCCUCAUCCCGCUCAACUACAUCGACGGCCAGGGCCAGCAUGUCGACGUCAAGGACAGCGAACGAAGCAAUGCCAACAUCACGGGCCUCGACACCCUUGCCUGGCAGAAUGUGAGCAAGCAACACACGAGUCGCUACACGGCCCACCUCGUCAUGGGCAUCCUCGUCGUCAUCUGGGUCUGCACCGUCUUCUUCUUCGAGCUUCGCGUCUACAUCAAGGUUCGACAGGACUACCUCACCAGCGCCGAGCAUCGCCUUCGAGCCUCGGCCACCACCGUCCUCGUCACCUCCAUACCGAAAAAGUGGCUCAGCAAGGACGCCCUCGCCGGCCUCUUCGACGUCUUCCCUGGCGGCGUCCGGAACAUUUGGCUCAACCGCGAUCUCACCAAGCUGCUCGACAAGAUCUCCGACCGUCGUGGCGUGCACGCGAAGCUCGAGUCGGCCGAGACGGACCUCAUAAAGGCGGCGAAGCGGGCCCAGCUGAAGCGGAGGAACGCCGAGGAGAAGAAGAGCCGCAGGAAGUUGAAGGACGCGGCGCUCACCAAGGAGGAAAAGACGGCCCGCGACGCCCAGGAGGAUGCCGAAGCCCAACGCAUGGCCAACAGCGGCGAGGGAACCGACGCCGGAAACACGCACAGCGUCCCGCACACCGUCCGCGAUAGCAUGCGAGACUCGACGGCCGCUGCGCAAGACCCACCCCAAGAGAAUAGGCGCACCGGCGUCUUCCACUCCCGCUCCGUCAUCAACCCCCUGUCCAAGGUCGGCCGGGGGCUGAGAGGGGUUGCCACCAAGGCCGGCACCGAAGUCCACGGCACGCGGGGAACGGCCCAUGGCUUCUCGGGCGCCGGUCCCAUGGUCGAACGCAGGGCCGAUGCGGCACGCGCCUGCACGUUUGACGAGAGGCAUGCCUCGCCGCUGUCGCCGCAGGCCGACUCGUCGGAAGCUCGUACCACCCCCCGCUCGUCGCCUGCCUCGGCCUCGUCUGCUUCCGACUGCGCCGCGUCCGCGGCCAAGCAGCGGAAUGGUACGCGCACGCCGACGGGUGGAAACACGGUCCGGCCGACCCACGACGCCGACGACAUGAUUCUCCCCGGUCGGCCGAGCUUUUGGCAAUUCUGGAAACCCCCUGCCGGUGGCUACGCCUCUCCCAUUCCCCAAGGCGCCGCCCCCGAGGAGUUGAAAACGAAACGAGCCGAGGGGCCGCAAACGCCUUGGCAGCAGAUCAAGAGCGUCAUCCCCUUUGUCGGCGGCGACGGCGAGGACGAGGAAGAAAUCGAAUAUCCAUCGGCCCGCAACCCUGACCACGCCGGGGACAAAAACGGGGACGAUGGCGCAGUGUGGGCAAAGUAUCUGAAGAAGAGGGACCGGCCGACGCACCACCUGCCGCUCUUCGGUGUCGGCUGGUUGUUCGGCCUCCCCUUGAUCAGCAAGAAGGUGGACACGAUUUAUUGGUGUCGCCAGGAGCUUGCCCGGCUGAACCUGGAGAUUGAGGAGGACCAGAAGCACCCCGAGCGUUUCCCGCUCAUACCCUCGGCCUUUGUCCAGUUCAACCACCAGGUGGCCGCCCACAUGGCCUGCCAAAGCGUCGUCCAUCAUCUGCCGCGCCAGAUGUUCCCCCGCAUGAACGAGAUCUCCCCUCGGGAUAUCAUAUGGGAGAACAUGGCGCUCAACUGGUGGCAGGAGUGGGUCCGCUCCUUCAUCGUCGUCGGCACCGUCAUCGCCAUGAUCUUCCUCUGGGCCAUCCCCGUCGCCUGGACUGCGGCCCUCGGCCAGCUCGACAAGCUGAUCGCCGAUGCCAGUUGGCUAAGCUACCUGAGGGAAAACAAGAUGGUCGGGUCGCUCGUCAAGAUCAUCGCCGGUAUCUUGCCGGCCGCCACACUCAGUCUCCUGCUCGUCCUCGUGCCCAUCAUCCUCAACCUCUUGGCCGGCUUCAAGGGCGCAAAGACGGGUGCGCAGAAGAGCGAGUUUGUUCAACGCUUCUACUUUGUUUUCCUCUUCGUCCAAGUCUUCCUCAUCGUCUCCAUCGCCUCCUUCUUCGCCGCCUCCCUGACGGACUUGGUGGGAAACAUCAAGAAGCUCCAGUCCCUCGAGUCCGUCCUCGACCUCCUCGCCAGUAACCUCCCCCGCGCCGCCAACUACUUCUUCUCCUACAUGAUCCUCCAGGCCCUCUCGACCAGCUCCGGCACCCUCUUGCAGAUCGUCGCCCUGGCGACCUGGUUCAUCCUCGCCCCAAUGUUCGACAGCACCGCCCGCAGCAAGUGGACGCGGAACACGACGCUCGCGCAGAUCAGCUGGGGCUCCUUCUUUCCCGUCUAUACCAAUUUUGCCUGCAUCGGCCUCGUUUACUGCGUCAUCUCACCUUUGAUCUCGGUAUUCGCCAUCAUCACGUUUAGUUUGCUGUGGCUCGCCCAGAGGUAUGCGAUGCUCUACGUCAACAGGUUUGAGCUCGACACCGGCGGCGUCCUGUACCCGCGAGCCAUCAACCAGACCUUUACAGGAUUAUACUUUAUGGAACUCUGCAUGGCCGGCAUGUUCUUCCUCGUCGAGGACACGGAGGAGAAACGCACGUGCACGACGCAUGGUAUCAUCAUGAUAGUGGUCCUGAUGUUCACCGCCAUUUUCCAAAUCCUCCUCAACGUAUCCUUUUCGCCCCUGUUCCGGAACCUGCCCAUCACGUUCGAGGAUGAGGCGGUGCUGCGAGAUGAGGCCUUCCAGCGGGCCCAGGAUGCUCGGUUCGGUCUCGUCGGAGACCAGUCCUCUUGCGGCGACUAUGGCGAAGUCUUCGAUGGUACCGUCGAGACGCCGACUCGCCUGCCGGAAGACGAGAUGGACGACGAGCUAGGGCCGCUGGGCCCCCGGAGGCAAGGGAGCCAGCUUCGGGAACACGUCAAGCAGGUCGGCCACUGGGCCAAGAGCGGCGGCGGAAACCAACUUCGCAGGCUCAAGGAGAUGACGGAUCAUUCCAGAGCGACCCAGUACCGAAGGCAGCAGCGCCAGAAGGAUCUGGAGGCGCAGCGAGCCAUCGGCGACGCCCUGUACGGGGGCAUCCACGACGACAUCGAGGACCUGACGCCCGCGGAGCGAGACGUGCUGACGAAGCACGCCUUUCAGCACUAUGCUCUGCGCGCCCGGCGGCCGACGGUCUGGAUACCUCGGGACGACUUGGGCAUCAGCGAGGACGAGAUUCGCAGAACGCACAACUACAGCAAGCACAUUUGGAUCAGCAACGAGGGUACGGCCCUCGACAGCAAGGUGCGCGUCGUCUACGGCCAGAAUCCUCCCGACUUUUCCGAGGUGGACAUCAUCAAUCUCUGA